CUGUGCGACAAAAAAGCUGUCCGACCGUAAUACUUGCGCAGGAGUCGUACUUUAUAAGAGCUUAGUUUUAUACACACUACUGUACGAGCCGGUGGACUAAAUUAAUAUAUUUAAUAUAAUGCCUCUGUUUAGCUGCUCAUAGAACAGAACUGACUGGACUAGUAACUUCACUUAUACAUUAGAUCCUGUAUUGAUACGAUAAAGGAGGAUGCAAAUUUUGGUCCCACCUUCCAAUAGCUACUACUUGGCUACUGAUAAAACUACAAUGUUUACUGAAGAAUAACUCUGAACGGACUAAGAUUUGGAACUUGGCGCCAUAGUAACAUUUAUUCAGCUCAAAAUUACCUAUCCAAUGAUGUAACACACAUGUAUAGCUAUUGGAAGUGGUACCAUAUUUCAUAGAAACUUUGGCAUCCUCCUUUGUAAUUCUAACGUGUCAUUAUAUCUCCAACAUACUGUAGUGAACAAUUACAAUUACGCCAUAACAAUUACAAUUACUGAACCAACAUGGCCGACCUUCACACGCGUUAAUUUGUAAAAUCAAAACACAUUACCAUGAACUCGUACGAACACCUAGUUCACAGGUUUAAUGGACACAGUACGUGUAGGUAAUGUGUCGAAUGCAUUCGACCGAAGCUAUUGUUUUAUAAUCCGCGUCACUUUACCUGUAAACCAUGCAGUAAUGUUACAUAACAUUACCAAAAUACCAGCCAAUAUGUGACUAAAGUGCAUAAAAUCCGUUUAGUUGGACAUGUUUUUAAUUUUCUUGACAUAUUCGAACAUGUUCGCUGUAUGACUUCAUAUACAGUGCUGCGAUUCGAUUUGUUUUUGACUAAACACCAUUUUGUUUUGUGCACCAUUCGCGGAGCUACUCCGUCGAGCUAGGCACCUAUGUAUCUAUUGUAUUACAUGAAUAUUUAAGAAAAAUGUUGGAUAUACCUUUAUUUGUGCUGGUUUUACAAAUUGGUUUAAGCUCCGCCUUCAACAUUCGCAGUCACCACCGAAACCCAUCGCCACGUUCCUUGUAUGCGAGACAGACGAGGCAAACGAGACGAGAGGACUCUGGCCUCUACCAACCAUCACACAGCCGGAGCUAUGAAUCAGACUCUGAUUAUUCUAAUGAUGAAGAUGACCACUUGAGAGAAUUACCACUACUGCCACCGAGAGGUUAUAAGACAAGAAAGCAUUAUUUGACACAUUCUGCCCCAGAAUACGAAACAACUUUAGAAGCCGCACCCUUAAGCAAACCCCGCGUAAAUAAUUAUGUUAAAAGAUCCUUACCAUCACCUGGCGUACGCCGAAGAUACUGGAACCGUGAGGACCAUGCACCAUAUUUGCAACAAAGAGCACCCAGUUUCAGUCAGCCACAAAGACGAAAUUCUGGAAUAAAGGAUGUCUUGACAUCGUACGCAAACAGCCUUAAGGUUACUAAACAACCUGAGGAUAAGGACAACAUACUUCAGUCACUAAUAUCACUCAUUGGCCAGUUAGGUAGCGAAGACAAAACCCGUAAAUAUAACAGAAAAGGUGAUAUUUUAAGUCUCGAUGAGGAAUCUGUUGAAACAUUAGACACCGAGGAAGAUAUUGACAGCAGUCUGGAGUCCUUUGGUUUCAACAACAUGCGCUCAUAUUAUUUAAGACAGGAACCGUCAUAUAAGCGACAUAAUUAUCGUAAAGGAUAUAAUAAUAAUAUAUAUAAUCUACAAAUCCGAAGGACGCCACCUGCAGAAGAUACUUCUGAUGAAGCUGACGGAAUUCUCGUCACUGAUAACAGUAAACCAUAUGAUGUAGUAACAAUUGCAAGACCAAAAUCAAAAAAAUCUGGUUCAAUAAUAAAUAGAAAUGAUAAUCAAAAUUCUGAUACUGAAGAUGUGCUUAAAUACAGAAAGAAAAGUAACUUGCCUUAUAUUAGUGGCCUAAAUCAUAUUUUAAAGAGAAGCAAACUUUAUACAGAGAAUCAAAAUGAUAUCAAGGAUAUUAGUCGAGAAUUGGCAUUAAAUGCUAAAUUGCUACGUGACAAUGACAAUACUGAUCAAUUUACAAAAUUGCGCUUGGAGAGUUUGGAAGAAAACCUUGAUUCACAGCUUCAUAGUAAUAAAAAACCAAAGGUGAAUUUUCUAAGAUUCAUGGUGUUACCGCAAAAUAAAUUAACUCUUGGUAGUGAAUUGGCAAAGAAUUUAACAAACCUACUAUCUUCGACAUUCGAUAAAUUAAACCUUAAACCCCACGUAAGGACAGUUGUUGAUACAUCAUACAAUGAUGAUGAACGGUAUAAUUCAGGUGCAGCACAUGGCUUUAGUCAAAAUGUAAAUUUGAGAAGCUACGAUGACUUUGCACUCGUGAAAAGAUUACUUGUUGAUGAAGCUGAGAGCAAUUUGGUUCCCUAUCAUGAGUCCAAAGAUUAUAACAAUCAAAAUAAAGAAGUUGAGUCGAUCGAAGAAUUUGUUCUUGAAACAGACGAUGAUAAAGAUGAGGUUAUAGUCAGUAAAGAUUCUUUAAAUAUUGAUUUACCAAUUUUAGAAAUUAAUAGUUCUGCACUUAGAACAGAUCUGGAUACUGAAGAACUCGCCAGUAAAAUUAUGAACAUUUUAAAGCUUGCAAUUUCACCGAAUGUUCAACUUUCUAUCGAAAAAGAUAUUAUUCCUAAUGAAACGGUGAGUGAAAAUAACAAAAUAGCGAGUGUAUUAAGUGAAAAAGAAAAUAAUAAAACAAUAGAUACCUCUGAAGAAUUCAGCCCUGAUGAUGCUCAUAAUACAGAUUUUUCAAGUUUAAGAACUAACGAACAGUUGAAUGAAGUUGUAAGUUCUACUGACAAAUUGCAUCUAGAAUAUCCAUGGAACGAUCAGUUGAGUCCAAAUGAUGGAAAUAAAAAUAAUUCUCUCAGAACGGAGAAAUCAGAAAAUGUGACCGAUGAACAUUUUCUAAAUCUGUGGAAUGAUCAACUGAGUUCUGAUAAAGAAUAUGAAGAUAAUACUCUUCGAACUCAGAAUUCAGAAGAUUUAUCCAGUGUACUACAUCUUGAAUACCCAUGGACUGAUGAAUUGAGUACCGAUAAUGAAAAUAUAAGUAACGGUCUUCGAACUCAGAAACCACAAGAAUAUACUCACGAAUUACAACUUGAAUAUCCUUGGACCGAUCAAUUAAGUUCUGAUAAUGAAAAUGAUAAUAACUCUCUUCGAACUCAGAAACCAACUGAUAAAACAGUUGGUGACACUGCAGAUCCCAGUAAUCUAUCAUCACAACUUGAAUUUCCAUGGAAUGGUAAGCCAAGUCCGGACAAAGAUAAUGUAAGUGCCACUCUUCGAACACAUUUGAAAAAUUUUACUGAUGUGUUACAUCGUGAAAAUCCAUUGAACGAUGGCUUGAGUCCCGACAAUACAAAUAACGCUUUUGAAACUGAGAAAUCACAAACUGAUAAACAAGUCUCAGACACCGUAGAUUCCAAUAAUGAGUUACAUCUUGAAUAUCCGUGGAAUGAUGAGUUAAGUACGAGUAAAAAUAAUGAAAGCAAUACUCUUCGUACUGAGAAACCACAAAAUAAUAAAGAAGUCGAAGACGCAGUAAAUUCUACAAGUGAAUUACAUCUGGAAUAUCCAUGGAAUGAUCAAUCCAGUCCUGAUAAUGAUAGUACAAGUCUUCGGACUCAGAAUUUGGAAGAUUCUACUGAUGUAUUGCAUCUUGACUAUCCAUGGAAUGGUCAGCUUAGCCCAGUUAAUGUAAAUAAUACUCUUCGAACUCAGAAACCAGAAAAUUCUACCAAUGUCUUACAUCUUGAAUUUCCUUGGAACGAUCAACUGAGUUCGGACGAUGACAAUAAAAAUAAUUCUCUAAGAACGCAGAAACAAGAAAACUCUACCGAUGUACUACAUCUUGAAUAUCCAUGGAAUGGUCAGUCGAGUCCAGAUAAUGAAAAUAACACUGAAGCUCUUCGGACACAGAAAUCAGAUAAUUCUACAGACGAAUUACAUCUCGAAUUUCCUUGGAAUGAUCAACUGAACUCAGGAAAUGACAAUAAGAAUAAUGCUCUUCGAACACAGAAUUUAGAUGAUUUUACCAAUCUAUUACACCUUGAAUAUCCAUGGAAUGGUCAGCAAAGACCAGAUUAUGAAAAUAAUCUUCUUACUUCUCGAAAGUUAAAUACAAAUCUGAGGAGACGAGAGGACAAAUACAUUGCUAGGGAGUAUACUGAUGUGGUAGACCUUGAAUUUCCUUGGAAUGGUCACACCAAUCCUGAGGGUAUCAAACAUAAACUGAGGUCAGGAAGCAAGCCUGAUAAAGGUAAGGAUUUAAAUAAUCACAAUAUUGUACUUGAGCGUCCUUGGAAUGGUGACAUAAGUCAGGAUGAAGAUAAUGUUGGUAAGGAAGUGGUCAAGCAUUCAGGUCUCAAAAAUAAUUUAAGAUCACACUUGCACAAGCAUAACAAACGUCCUGGACACUACAGCCGAAGUACGUAUUACGAUGACAGUGAUGAUUUGAUAAAUAGACGCGCUCUGAUCGAAGCCGUAAAAAAUUUGGAACAUAAAUAUGACGACUUAAAGAAAGUUGUACUUGAAUUGCCUUGGCAGAAGAUAUUGGAGUCGAUGAAGGAAAAUAUUGGUAAUGAUGCCGUCCCCCGCAUUGAAUCCCGAUUCUCAGGCAAUUCACAGUUACACAACCAGCUCACACGUCCUGAGGACUUAAAUUACAAUCGAAGUGUACAAGACGAAGAAUACAUAGAACAUGAAACCUGCAAUCCAGCAUCACAAGAAAAUUUCGAAAAAAUAAUAUUUAAAUACAAAAAUUCUGACGAAGAUGAAAAUUCUUCUGAUUCAAUAAAAUUUCCUUUGGACAGGCGACCUGUUGCUAGGCUGGCUGCUCAUCACAAGCAUGUGUAUGCAGACAGACGACUUAACUCAAUAUUAGAACCUACGGAUAAACCAAGUGACCCUUUGUUCAAUACUACAAACGAUGUUGAGAGUGAAUUAAACAAUGAUACAGUAAAUCAUGUAUUUGUAUUAGACUAG